AUGGGUCAAUUGAGCCUUGGAACAAGCCUUUUGAUACUCUUCACAAUCGGUGCGCAUUUAUACCUUUCUCCGUAUACCAAAGUCGAAGAAAGUUUUACUAUUCAAGCCGUCCAUGACAUUUUGAAAUAUGGGAUUUUCGAUAUCUCGAAAUUUGACCAUUUGCAGUAUCCAGGCGUUGUUCCUCGCUCUUUCAUAGGCCCAUUGGUGAUAGCAGCAAUUUCCUACGUCCCCCUUGAGAUUUUGAAGUUUUUAGGACUGAAAUCGUCAACGUCGAACUUGGACGCUCAGUUGGUGGUGCGCUCCGUUAUUGGCUUGACAAACGCUUUGGGACUCAUUUACUUGAAAAAUAAAGCCCAGGACCUACUAGACCGCCAGGGAAAUUUGUCAAAAACUUCAAAAUCAAACGAAAAUGCAAAACCCAAAAAAAGCUCGAUUGGCACCUUUUUCUGCUUGUUGCUUGUUUCUCAGUUCCACAUCAUGUACUACAGCUCCAGACCCUUGCCCAAUUUUGUCGUGGUUUUGCCUUUGGUUAACGUGGCGCUGGGACUCAUUCUGGAGGGCAAGAAAGCUCGUUUCGCGCUGUUGAUCUUAACUUUUUGCAGUAUUGUAUUUCGUCUCGAGCUUGCUGCAUUAACCGCAGGUGCCGCUCUUGCACUUCUUUUUGCCAAACGAAUCACUUUCUCUGAAACGGUAAUGUUCGGGUCGUUGGGUGCUGCACUGGGCGCAGUGGCAUCUCUAUACGUGGAUUCUUACUUCUGGCAAAACUGGACCUUGCCAGAGCUAGACUCUUUUCUCUUCAACGUUGUGGAAGGCGAAUCCGUCAAAUGGGGCAUAAUGCCUUUUCACGCAUACCUCACGAAUUCUUUACCCAUGAUUUUUGUCCCACCUACCGUGCUUUUCCUCAAUAUCGUGGGAUUUGGUGUCGCUCCAAAAGAGCUCAAGAUUAUAGCACAAGCUGCGUAUUUCCAUAUCUUCGUUUUGUCUUUCCAACCUCAUAAAGAAUGGAGGUUUAUUGUUUACACCAUUCCUGUGCUCACAGUUGUGGCGAGCUGUGGAGCUUCGCAAAUCUUUAACUCACGGAGAAGCAGCUUUUUACUAAAACUUGUGAUUGGUACUCUUCCGAUAUGCUCACUAGCAAUUUCGAUUGUUUUUUCGAUCGUGUCCUCACUAAACUACCCCGGAGGUGAAGCUUUGGCUCAGUUCAAUAAUUACGUUCUGGAAAACAACAUUAAAGGUGCAACUGUUCACAUGGACGUUCCUGCUUGUAUGACGGGAAUCACCAAAUUUGGUGAAUUGGACGAAAAGUUCAACAUCCACUAUGACAAAACUGAAACUCUUUCCGCACAAAGGAGAGCAUGGCCCACUUUCGAUUAUCUCAUUUCAGCUAUUUCAGAACCUAAGCAUUUUACAGUCCCUGGCGAAAACGCUUGGGAACCUUUGCACACCACAAGAGCCUUCUCGGGUAUUCGCUUGUCUUUCUUCAAGGAACUCGCUCAAAAUGAGCUGACAUCAAACUUUCCUCUAGCACGUCAGGUCUUGAAGUCUCGAAGCCUUCACCCUCUCAUAUCGACGAUACAGGCCAGUGUCACAGACGAUGCCUUGUUCACAUUUCGCAGAGUCAACUCAAAAUCCGACACUUGA